AUGAACUCGAGUGCUUUAUACCACUGUGCUCUGCACACCCUGAGCCUGGCAGUGCUUGUUGCUGGAAAUGUCCACCCAGAAUGUGAUUUUAUGACAGAGCUGAAAAAAAAUGAGGCUGAGUGUCUGGAGGACACACAAGAGGGUGGAAAUGCAACAUCAGCAGGUUGCAAGAGAACUUGGGACAAAUUACUGUGCUGGCCAGAGGCAGAUGCUGGAGAGACUCUUGCCUUACCAUGCCCAAACAUCAUCCUUCACUUCAUGAAGGAGCCAGCUGGGGUAGUAAAAAGGAACUGCACAAGGAAAGGCUGGUCUGACCCGUUCCCUCCCUACCAUGUUGCAUGUCCAGUAGAAGAUGAGAUUCCCCUUGAAGAACAAUCCUACUUUUCUACUAUAAGGAUCAUCUACACUGUAGGAUACAGCGUGUCCAUCACCUCACUCAUCAUUGCUGUGGCAGUUCUUAUUGCAUUCAGGAGGCUUCGCUGUCCCAGGAAUUAUAUCCAUGUGCAGCUCUUUUUUACAUUCAUCUUAAAAGCCAUUGCUGUUUUCAUUAAGGAUGCUGUCCUUUUCCAAGAGGAAGGCAUUGAUCACUGCAGCUUCUCUACAACCGAAUGCAAGAUCUCUGUGGUUUUCUGUCACUACUUCAUGAUGACCAAUUUCAUGUGGCUGCUGGUGGAGGCUCUUUACCUAAACUGCCUCCUGCUCUCAUCCCUUUCUCAUGGAAGAAGAUAUUUUUGGUGGCUUGUCCUCUUUGGCUGGGGUUUUCCUACACUUUUCACCCUCACAUGGAUUUUGGCAAAAUUCUACUUUGAAGACACGGCAUGCUGGGAUAUUAAUGAAGGCUCUCCUUACUGGUGGCUAAUCAAAGGACCUAUUAUAAUUUCUGUGGGGGUCAAUUUUGUCCUAUUUAUCAACAUCAUCAGAAUUUUGCUGAAAAAACUAGACCCAAGACAAAUCAACUUCAAUAACUCUUCUCAGUACAGACGUCUCUCAAGGGCAACUCUGCUCCUCAUUCCAUUAUUUGGAACCCAUUACAUCAUCUUCAACUUCCUCCCAGAAUACACCAGCCUGGGGGUCCGGCUCUACUUGGAGCUCUGCAUUGGAUCUUUCCAGGGCUUUAUUGUUGCAGUUCUCUACUGUUUCCUGAACCAGGAGGUGCAAACAGAAAUCGGGCGGAGGUGGCACGGGAAGAGAUUUGGGCUCGUGCCGGUGUGGAGGAGGACGAGAUGGACUGUGCCAUCCAGUUCUGGAGUAAAGAUGACCACAUCUGUGUGCUGAAGAUGCCUCAUGAUCUGGAGUAAUCAUACAUAAAA